AUGGAUGCCUCUUCCUACUUCAACUUCGCCGACAGCGACAUAGUCUUGCGAACAUCCUCACCCGAAACAGUAGACUUCGCUGUUCAUCGAUGUAUCCUAUCGUCAGCAUCUCCUUUCUUCGAGGAGAUGUUCACUUUGCCGCAAGGCAGCUCCACAGAUGCCCAUUAUCCUAUAAUCGACGUCUCGGAGACACCCACCACCCUUGACACCCUCUUGCGCCUCGUCUACCCAGUACCCGAUCCCACCAUCGACGAUCUUGACAAUUUGACGAGCGUGUUGACUGCCGCCACCAAGUACGAACUGAGCAGUGUGGUCGAGAACUUGCGGAAGCUGCUCAUUGCUCCUCGAUUCGUCGAGAAGUACCCCACUCGAGUGUAUGCCAUUGCAUCGAGAUUCGAGCUGGAAGAAGAAGUAAAGGUGGCCUCACGAUACACGCUGUCCGUGAACAUCCUGGACUGCCCUCUUCAUGACGAUCUGAAACACAUCACGGCAUACGCAUACCAUCAACUGCUCAAUCUUCAUCAUCAGCGUGCACAGGCCGCUCAGGCACUGCUCCAAUGCUCCGAAGACGUGAAGUGCAUGCAAUGCAACGGCACGCGAUACGGCUGCAGCUUCGGUCCACCGCGUUGGUGGCGCGACUUCGAGGAGCGGGCUAAAGAGGAGCUGCGAAUGCGGCCGACGACCGACGUGAUCUUCUCGAUGGCAUUCCUCGCCAAGUCGGCGCAGGCGGGCUGCGAGAGGUGUGCUGGAAGUCCGCGAGUCAUGGGCAGAGAUAAGUAG